AUGGCCGAGGACGUUGAAACUGUGGCAAUGAGUCUCAAAAAGCUCACGCCAUAUAUGGUAGUUCAUCUGAUUCAUAUCCAAGGGACUACAUUGCCUCACACACUAAGCCCACCAAUGGGAACCGGAGGUUUUCCGACAAAAGAUUUGACUCGGUCUAGUUUCAUGAAACAGCUUAGAUAUUUUCUUUCGGAUUAUACACUGGAGGAUAUUAAUUCCAACGAGAUGGAGUAUUAUGUUGAUGAUCCUAAGUGUUAUGGCGUAAUGUUUCUUAAGUACGUAGAUUUUAAUUCGAGAGAGGCUCUUACGUUUGGAGGACCUGGUGGACGGUGUCGUUCUGAUGGAUGA